AUGGCUUCUCCGGCCAAAGGCAGUGACUUGUUUUCGUCAGACGAGGAGGGCCCCGCGAUGCUGGCCGGCCCGGGCCCGGGCCCUGGGGGUGCCGAGGGCGGCGUGGAGGAGCGCAGGGUCAAGGUCUCCAGCCUGCCCUUCAGCGUGGAGGCGCUCAUGUCCGACAAGAAGCCGCCCAAGGAGUCACCCGUGGUGCCACCUGACUGCGCCUCGGCUGGCGCUGCUCUGCGGCCGCUGCUGCUGCCGGGACACGGCGUCCGGGAAGCGCACAGUCCCGGGCCUCUCGUCAAGCCCUUCGAGACCGCCUCGGUCAAGUCGGAAAAUUCCGAAGAUGGAGCGGCGUGGAUACAGGAGCCCGGCAGAUAUUCCCCUCCGCCCAGACACAUGAGCCCCACAACCUGCACCCUGAGGAAACACAAGACCAACCGGAAGCCACGCACGCCCUUCACCACAUCCCAGCUUCUAGCCCUGGAGCGCAAGUUCCGCCAGAAACAGUACCUCUCCAUUGCAGAGCGGGCCGAGUUCUCCAGCUCUCUGAACCUUACAGAAACCCAGGUCAAAAUCUGGUUCCAGAACCGAAGGGCUAAGGCGAAAAGACUGCAGGAGGCGGAACUGGAAAAGCUGAAAAUGGCUGCCAAACCUAUGCUGCCCUCAGGCUUCAGUCUGCCCUUCCCCAUCAACUCUCCCCUGCAAGCAGCAUCCAUUUAUGGAGCAUCCUACCCCUUCCAUAGACCUGUGCUUCCCAUCCCGCCUGUUGGACUCUAUGCCACGCCGGUUGGAUAUGGCAUGUAUCAUCUAUCCUAAAGAAGACCAAAUGGAUAGACUCCGGGAUGGAUGUUUGCAUGAAAGCAUUCCCCUCCCUCUCCUAGAAGGUGGUGCCAGUCCAGCUCCUGAACACAAACCUUGCAUCGCCACCCUAAGCCACAGGGCCCACAGGGCCGCUUGAUACAGAGUGACUUUGUUAUUUAGGUGAGAGGCACCAAGACCUGUUUUGUUUUCAUAAUCUUCCAGAUGCCCCCCUUUCCUCUCACAAAUAUUGGCUCUGCUAGUUUUUAUGUAUAAAUAUAUAAUAAAAUAUAAGACAUUUUUAUAUGCCAGAUGUAAAAAUUCAAGUUAUUUUGAAAGGCAAAAUUUAUAUAUACAUUUAUCCGUUUUUCUAGAUAGCAUCUUCUUAAAAUACUGUGUUAAGUUUGCUACAUUUUCUUAAAGGGAAAGAGAUUAUUUGCAGAAUUUGCUAGAAUUUGGGAGGAUGGUGGGCCUUCUUAUGGAAAGCAUACCAGAAAUAGGCACAGAGCAUAUAAGAAGUAGAUUCAGGUAGAUUCUUACAAAGGAAGGGAGGUGUGUACCUGUUUGCCUUUUAUGUGCAUA